UGUUUAUGCUGAGACAUUUGGGGCGUUAGUUGUCGCUUCAUAUCCGAUGCGCUUUUUAAAAGAAUGUUGAAUAUAAAUAAGCGUCAAGAGAAGUCGACUGUGACCUUUGACGCGUCUUGUAUUGCUCACUGACGCGAAUCUCUAACACGCGGAGAACGUCAACUGAUUAAACGUCGUUGGACUUGCUUUGGAAGAGGACUGAAGUAGAAACACAAAUAAGGAACAUUGUGAUCGCACUAUGGCAAGGGUUGGCCUGGCGUUUUCCGGUGGCGGUAUCCGGUCAGCGUCCUUAUGCUCCGGUGUCCUGCGCAGGCUUCUGCAGAAGAAAGCCAAUAUAGAUUACCUGAGCUGCGUGUCUGGGGGCGGUUACACAGGCACGUCAUAUGUGGACUGGAAAUACAGGCAUGGAAAGAAAGAUGAUCCCGAAUGGCAUAAGCAGUUCUUCGAGCACAUGCGCAGCAGAAGCGGAAUCUUUUGUAACUGGCAGAAGCCGUGUCAAGGACUCCUGGACGCCAUUAUUUUGUUCACAAUGACUAUCUUCGUUGCCUUGAUUAUCCCUGUACUCCUAUGGUCUUCCUACGCAUGUCCACUAGCCUUUGUGAUCGAGUUCCUGUUUGGAAGAAUCCUGAGAGGUGGUGCUAAGCCUUGCAGAAAACUUGCGAAAAACAGUCCAAACAUAAAAUUAAGGGACUGCGAGGAGGAACGUUAUACAUCUGCUGUCAUCAACCAGCAAUUUGCUCUGUUCGCGAUUCCCGUGGCCAUAGCCCUGAUCUGCAGCUUUCUUGCAGGGUUUCUUCCUAAAGGAAAAGGCUUUUUCAAUUUCAUUUCCACGUCCGGUUUCGUCUUCUUUGGCUUGGUGUUCCUUCCGUGGUUUAUUCAAAAUUUUUUGGAUUUAAUUCCAAAUUGGAUGAAGAUCCUCAUCAUAUUACCCACUUUCCUGCUUUGGUUCGCGUUCCCGACCAUGCGCAGAAAUGCCACCCUUGUACUGGUGAUCUAUGCCUACUCCUUUGUUAUUUACUGGCGAGUGUAUAACGGCAAAGUGUUCGACCUAGAAUAUGAUGAAGAUAUCUUUACCAAGCUGAUGUGGAUUUCCACCCUGUUGCUGUGGAGUGCCCCUGUUGUAGGAACGAUACAGCAGCGUAUAGGUCACGUGUAUAACAGAUGGCGUAUUCAAAGAGCACUCUACACACGAGCAAGCCGCGGGUCGUGUGGUUGUGCCGGGAUUUCGUGGCGGGACCUCUUCCUACGCUGCCCAACAUGUCGACCCAGGAGGCUCAUGGGAAUGAACCUUACCCAGGCUCUGACCUUGGAGGACAUUGAUGACGUCAAGCCAAUCUACAUAGGCGGCAUUACAAUCAACAAGUGGCGCCGCACCACCUCCCUCAGAGAACCUGAUUAUGAACUGUUGAUAAUGUCGCCAAACGGCAUUGAGCGACUUGACCGGCAACCUGGCGAACCAGAGUUUGAUGGCAAGUUGAUGCCGACGGAUAUUUUUCUGUCAGAUGCCAUGGCGACGUCAGCUGCUGCUGUCGACCAUCACAUGGGAGCGAGGCAAAGUGAUGACGCGUCCUUUAGAGAUUUAAAGGUCAUGCUUGGAGUUGCCAUGGGGACGGCGAUUCUUGCAGACGCGAGACACGAAGCGAAGAGAAAUUGCUGUGUUCAGACGUUACCGAUUCUUAUAGAGUUGGGUCGUGUCCUGCCGUUAAUUGUAUGUCUCGCCCUCUAUUGGGAAACUGGAAAAGAACCAUUCUUGGCUAUCGGUAUAUUAAGCUUCUUUGCCAUACUGACGUUUUUGACGAUGACUGCCCUCGUAGGGACUGGCAGCAAAAAUCCUGGAAGACUUGAGAGAAUUGCCAGGUGGUUCACGAUUAACGUUGCUUACGUCAGUUUUGUUCGUAAGACCAUCGGCAUGAUAAACCAAGGUCCCAAUCCCCCGCCGGUGCUGCGUCUAAGUGACGGUGGCCAUAUUGAAAACCUUGGUAUUCUGCCCCUGCUUAAGUUGAGGCUGAAAAAGAUUGUCGCUGUUAACGGUGGUCGGACAAUUUCCGACGAAGACUAUGGAGAAACGUUACUGGCGGGUCUAGACAUGGCCCGGAAAAAGUUAGGUUGUUCGUUUUCAGCCAUGAAUGGAAGGGAUAUUGCUGAGGACAUACGGGACAACUUUGUGGAGAAACCUCCUGGUUCACAGCCAUCCAGUUACAGGUUCAAAGUGCAGUACUUUGACAAGGAUCCCGAUGACGGUAGCAGAACUAUGGUUGGUGAGGGUGAAAUACUAUUUAUUGCCCCCAGACACCCCGACAAGAGCGCGCAGAAGAAAACAUACGAGCCCUGGGGGGAGGUGCUGCGUGACAUUGAUGGUGAUCUCGAGGCUGGCCUCUGGGGACCUGGGCCACAGAUGACGGCAGAGGAGGCUGAUCGCUUGACGUUUUGUUGUUGCGAAUGUUGUCAUGGUUCCAACUGUCGUGGCUUGUCAGAAUCGAUGUGCGGGGCGUUUCCACAGCAUUCAACUGGAAAUCAGUUUUUCACACCGGCCAUGUUCACGGCCUACCAUAGAGAAGGCUAUCGCGCAUGUAUGGAGGCAAACGCCGCUGAAUUUCUCGCUGAAGGAGAAAGACCGGUGACUGCGGCUACUACGUUCACGACAGUUGAUGAAUAAGCCGCUUAUUCUUACUACGUACUGCCUAAUCAACAAUUUAACUGGACGCCAAUUUCGGUUUUGCGAGUAGUUUGAUUCCGGUCAAACUUGGUAAGGUCAAAUAUAAAACACUUAAAUUCAAGGUGUUGAGCUCAAUAGGCCAUUUCCGAGUUGUCUUUGGCCUCU